ACAUGACAGGCGGAACCAGCCUAAUACUGCGAACGCCCGGAUCGGGGAUUCACACUUCCACCGUGCCGGGGUUCAUCCAGAGCCUGAAAGUCCCGUCCCAGUCUGGUAGGAGCGCCUCGCUGGAGCAGCAUCACCAUGCCCAAAGUUUUGGUGCCAGGUCAAGAGAAGACCGAUGACAACAUGAGGGCCAUUGCCGAGAAGGUCUUCGCAUCGGAGACCAAAGACGAGAACACGCGCGAUGAGAUCUCCAUGUUUGACGUGGCCGAGGACUGUCCGAUCAUCCACCACGAGAUGGCCCACCACCUGCACACCGACGACAACGUGGAGAAACGAAAAAGACUCCAGCGCAGUCACACCAUCGCUGUAGCCUCCGGUGGUCCUAAGGCUUUUGCCGCCCCUGCUGCACCUGUGGAGAUGGACGCGCCCACUUACCUGGAAGUUCCUGAUUUCCAGAGGGUGGCCAUCCUCGGAGAUUACGCUUCUGGGGUGACCAUGGAUGACUUUGAGCUGUCUUGUAAGGGCCUGUACCGAGCCCUGACCAUCAGGGAGAAGUACAUGAGGCUGGCCUACGAGCGCUUCCCCAGGACAGCCUCCCAGUACCUACGAGAAAUCGAAGGGGAGACCUUCAAGGUCGAAGACCAGCUGCAGCCAGUGUUCAUGGCUCCCCCAAAGGAUGGGGAGGAUCCGUUUGACGCCAAGAGCCUCCCGGAGAACCUGGGUUAUGUGGCUCGGAUGAGGGACGGUCUCAUCUACGUCUACAACGAUGCCGCCGCUGCUGACAAACACCAGCACAAAGACCUGCCCCACCCGGACUACGACACCUUCAUCGACGACAUGAACUUCCUCAUUGCUCUGAUCGCACAGGGCCCGACUAAGACGUACACUCACCGCCGCCUCAAGUUCCUCAUGUCCAAAUUCAACGUUCAUGAGAUGCUGAAUGAGAUGGAGGAGAUGAAGGAGCUGAAGAUGAACCCCCACAGGGAUUUCUACAACUGCAGGAAGGUGGACACCCACAUCCAUGCUGCCGCCUGCAUGAACCAGAAGCAUCUGCUGCGCUUCAUCAAAAAGUCUUACCGCGUCGAUGCCGACCGCGUGGUCCACAACCUCAAAGGCAAGGAGGUCACCAUGAAGGAGCUGUUUCAGAGCCUGAACCUGCAUCCCUACGACCUCACCGUGGACUCCCUGGACGUGCACGCUGGCAGACAAACGUUUCAGCGCUUUGACAAGUUCAAUGCCAAGUACAACCCAGUGGGCGCCAGCGAGCUGCGUGACCUCUACCUGAAGACAGAAAACCACAUCAGUGGAGAGUAUUUUGCCACCAUCAUUAAGGAAGUAGCCAGUGACCUGGAGGACGCUAAAUACCAGUACGCUGAGCCCCGUCUGUCCAUCUAUGGCUGCAACCCCAACGAGUGGACCAAGCUCUCCGGGUGGUUCGUCAAGCACAGAGUCUUCUCCCCAAACCUCAAGUGGAUGAUUCAGGUUCCCAGGAUCUAUGACAUCUUCAGAGCCAGGAACUUUGUGCCCCACUUUGGGAAAAUGCUGGAGAACAUUUUCCUUCCCGUGUUCCAGGCCACCAUCGACCCACAGUCCAACCCGGACCUCAGCAUCUUCCUCAACCACGUGACGGGCUUCGACAGCGUGGACGACGAGUCCAAACACAGCGGACACAUGUUCUCCACCAAGAGCCCCAAACCAGAGGAGUGGGACAUCGCCAAGAACCCUUCCUACACUUACUACAUUUAUUACAUGUACGCCAACAUCGCAGUUCUCAAUCAGCUGCGCAGACAGAGGGGAAUGAACACGUUCCUGUUCAGGCCUCACUGUGGAGAGGCCGGCGCCAUCACACACCUGCUGGCUGCCUUCAUGACCGCUGACAACAUCUCUCACGGCCUCAACCUCAAGAAGAGUCCUGUGCUGCAGUACCUGUACUUCCUGGCCCAGAUCCCCAUCGCCAUGUCCCCGCUCAGCAACAACAGCCUGUUUCUGGAGUACGCCAAGAACCCCCUGCUGGAGUUCCACCAGAAAGGCCUGGUGGUGUCUCUGUCCACCGACGACCCCAUGCAGUUCCACUACACACGGGAGCCUCUGAUGGAGGAGUACGCCAUCGCGGCGCAGGUCUUCAAGCUGAGCACUUGUGACAUGUGUGAGAUCUCCAGGAACAGCGUUCUGCAGAGCGGCCUGUCCCACCAGGAGAAGGUCCACUUCCUGGGUUCAGAUUACCUGAAAGAAGGUCCAGAAGGAAAUGACAUCCGUAAGACCAACGUGGCUCAGAUCCGGAUGGCUUACCGCUUUGAGACGCUGUGCUACGAACUCAACCUCAUCAAAGAGGGCCUGAAGGGCGAGUGAAGAGCUCGACCUUCAGGGUCAGACGCCUGAUGGAAGGUUUUCAGCUUUUAAAACCAGUGAAGCCAAAGAAAAAACAGAUUUCCUUUGGAGGAAGAAACGUUUACAGUGUUUUCUUCACUGUUUUUAUUUGUUCAGUGAGGAGAAAAACAGGAAAAUAAAAAUGUUUGUAAAAAACU